AUGUCGGGUUAUGCUAUGUUUUUGAAAGAGUUGGCCACAAAGAAGAGAAGUAUGGACUUCGAGACAAUUGAGGUAUCCCAUAGUUGUAGUGUCACUAUAUCGAGCAACGUGAUUGUCAAGAAGGAUGACCCGGGGGAAUUUACUACUCCUUGCACUAUUUGGAUAUUCCAAUUUGCUAAAGCAUUGUGUGAAUUGGGGGCUAGUAUAAACUUGAUGCCUUAUGCUAUUUUCAAGCAACUUGGGCUAGAUGAGACUAAGCCUACCUCUAUGUGUCUUCUCAUGGCCGAACGCUCUAUCAAGCUCCAUGUGGGAAUUCUUUAUUACAUUUUAGUGAAGGCUACCGGAAAAGCUCUGGUUGAUGUGGAAUGCGGUGAAUUGAAAUUCUGUGUAAAUGGUGAGGAAUUUACAUUCAAUGUUUGCAAAUCAAUGAAGCAACCAAAUGACCUCCAUGUGAUAUCGGUCAUUGAUGUGAUUGAUGAAGCAGUUGCUAGCAUGAGUGAAUUUCGUGUGAUUCAAGAUUAUGAUAAACUGGUGGUUGGUCUCUCGGAUUUAGGUUCUUAUUCUAAUAGCCCUUUGAAACUUGAUAUGGAUUUGAAGAAUAUAGAAAGUCCUCCAGCAAAGCCAUCUAUUGUGGAACGACCGAAGCUCGAAUUGAGUGUGUUGAAGAGGUUUAUCAAAGUUAUAGGGUGGACGAUUGCCGACAUUGUCGGAAUCUCUCCCGGUAUUUGUACUCACAAGAUUCAAUUGGCUAGUGAUUUUAAGCCAAGUAUUGAACAUCAAAGGAGGUUGAAUCCUCCAAUGCAAGAAGUCAUCAAGAAAGAGAUUUUAAAGUGGAUUGAUGCGGGAGUUGUCUACCAUAUUACGGAUAGCAAGUGGGAGAAGGCAUACAAGUUGAUCAAGCUAAAGCUGAAGUUAUUGCCAAAUUGGCCCCUCCUAUCUUGGUUAAAGGUGUUAAGAUGUUUCUUGGGUCAUGCGGGUUAUUAUCGACGGUUCAUAAAAGAUUUCUCUAAGGUGGAUCACCCUCUUUGCAAUCUACUUGAAAAAGAAAGUGUCUUCGAGUUUGAUGAAUCUUGUGUCAAGGCAUUUUUGUGCUUAAAAGAGAAUCUCGUUUUGGCUCCUAUCAUUGGUGCUCUGGAUUGGAUUGUUCCAUUUGAGCUGAUAUGCGAUGCAAGCAGUGUGGUCUUGGGGGUUGUGUUUGGCCAACGAAAAGGAAAUUUGUUUCAUACGGUGUAUUAUGCAAGAAAGACUUUGAAUGUAGCUCAAAGGGAUUACACAGUUACUGAGCAAGAGUUGUUAGCCGUGGUGUACGCUUUUGAAAAGUUUAGAGCUUACCUUUUGGGGACAGUGGUGGUACAUACCAACCAUUCUGUGAUUUGUUACUUGAUGGCUAAGAAGAAUGCUAUUCCAAGGUUGAUUCGAUGGGUGUUAUUGUUGAAAGAGUUUGACUUUGAGGUCUUAAACGUCAACGUAUGA